AGAGAGAGACUAAUGCACAGACAGACGGAGAGAGAGAGAGAGAGAGAGACUGAGACACACACACUCUCUCCCUCACACACACAGACAGAGGAUGGCUGGGUGGAUUUAGUGGCGGCAGCGUCUUUUCCCGUUCACCACAACAAGCUCAUUAUCCUUCUCUCUGUACGCGCCCGGAAAAGGAUUUACGCGCACGAACAGGAGUUUGGAGGACAAGUAGGAUGCUGAGAAUCUCUCCACACUGUCAAUGCUCUCCACCCUGCACUCCAUGACCUGAGAGCUUCACCACACCACAGUGGGAGGAACAAGACUACAGAGAGAGAGAGAGAGAGGAGAAGGACUGAAGGUCAGGGAAGGAACUCACUUUUUUUCUGUACCAUUUGUUUGUCCUUCCUAACAUGGCAGCGACAGAGGCCAGCGCUGCACCUGUGGUCCAGGAGGACGGUAAAACCCUGGAGACCAAGGCGGCAGAUGAAGAGCAGCCAAGCCAAAACGCCAACACAAAUUCAGAGACUGUGAACGGCGACGCAGACGGUGCCGCCGUCAACAGCGACAUGGUGGACAACAAAGAGAGCGAUAAUACAGAGACAGCAGCUGCAGAAACCGGAGAGGGAGGAGCUGCAGCAGGUGAGGAGGCGGCACCUCCUCAGAAUGCAGACCACGCCUCCUCUGCAGAGCCCAAGACCUCGUUCCUUGACUCAUUCCUCAACAAGAGUGGCCUGGGGAAGGUGAUGGGUGGGAGGAAGAAGAAGGAGCAGAGCACAGCUGUAGCAGAGGAGAACGCCACUGAAGGGGCGGAGAAAGAGGGGGAGAAAGAAGAGGAGGCCGCAACCGCGGAGGGAGGUGCUGAAGCUGAGGAAGCUAUUGAGAAGGCUCCAGAAAAUGGAGAGAAUGAGGAGGUGAAGAAGGCGGAGAAGGCCAAACCUGCAGAAACUAAAUCUACGGUUCGAGACCUAAUCAGAAAACCUGUGGCCAAGAUCUUCUCCCACCGCAGCACAGAGAAGAAGGACGGCGCCGCUGCAGAACCCCAGAAACAAAUCAAGGUCCGGUCCAAGUCUCUGGAUCGGCUGCAAGACCCUGAAGCACUUAAUACCACCGUAGACUCCACCACAGAAGAGGGAGGAGCCACAGGAGAGGCAGAGGGAGGUGCAGAGGGAGAUCAGAAGGCCUCCACCUCCUCAGCGUCCACCAAACACGUGAAACGCUGGCACUCCUUCAAGAAGAUGAUGGCUCAGAAGACACACAAGAAGAGCAGCGCUGGGGGGGAGGACGGUAAAGACGAAGAGGGAGGAGAAGGAGGCGGCAGAGACUCCUCUACACUGGACUCCAAAGAGUCAGGACAGAAAAAGUGGAAACUAAAACGAUCCUGGACCUUCCAGGGCCUAAAGAGGGAUCCGUCCAUGGUGGGCAUCAGCGGCAAGGCCAAGAGCUCAGACAAAGACGCCGCUGACACCUCCAAGCCAGAGGAGGGAGCCGCAGCAGGAGAGGAAGAGGGAGGAGAUGAGGCAGAGGCUGGAGCUGAGGCCGCCCAGACGGCUGAGGGUGAGGAGAAGGAGAGUGAGAAGGAGACGGAAAAGGCAGAAGGAGGUGAAGAGGAGAAGGCAGCAGGAGGUGGCACUGUGACACACCAUGCCAAUGAAAUCUGGACCAACUUUAAGAAGCGUGUGAUUCCUAAAUCUAAAAGAGCCAGCACAGAGUGUGCCCCCAGUGGUGAGGAGGAUGCAGCUGCAGCCACCACCUCAGGUGAGGAAGGAGCAGCGGAGGACGGCAAAGACGGAAAGUCAGCCAAGGCCAAGCGCUCGCACUUCGGCCGAGCCGUCUCGCUGAAAAACUUCAUCAUGCGAAAAGGAAAGGCCACCAGCGUAGACCUGGGCGAGGGCGCAAAGGAGGAGGAGGAAGAGGCCACCGAAGCAGGAGAGGCCACAGAGGAAGGAGCCACCAACAGUGAGGCACCAGCCGAGGAGACCAACGACAACGAUGCCGCUCAGUCUGAGAUGGCACCGGUGGAGGAGAGCGGGGGGGAGACGGAGAAGACAACGACCGAGACUCCUGUGACCCCUGUGACCCCUGUGACCAAUGGGGAGAACGGCUGCUCCAACGGUACAGCCGAGGAGGACGCCACACACAAUCACCAGGAGGAGGAGAAGACGACAGAGAGCAGCCCCGUGAAGAAGACCAAGGAGGUGGGAGGCGUAAAAGAGGAGACCAACGCCCAGAUCAUCAACUCCUCAGAGGCUGUGAUCAGUGAAAAAAAGGCGGGAAACGUGUGAGGCCACACAAAGAGGAUUAGAACUGCCCGGGAUUCGCUGAGCAAGGAGCUCACCCCCUUCACCCCCUUCACCCCUCCCCCACCCCUCCCUCCUCCUCCUUCUCCCUAAUAAGCGUCGUAAUGGCAGGUCACCACGCUGACACAGAGAGAAUGACAGAACGAGAGAGAAUCCAUUCAUGUAGUGAAGGGUGAACGAAUAAUCAGAAAGCAAUAAUUCACACCCCACCCACCCAUCCAUCACCCACCAAGCCCCGCCCCCUGCCACACGUGAAUAUGUACAGAUACAGACAUUUAACAUCCAGUGCUUUUUUAUUAUUCGUCUUUUCUUCACUUGUCGUAAGAUUUUAUAUUUGUCUACGAGAGAAAAGAAAAAAAAAAUGAAGAAAGUAAACAAAAAAAAAGAAUUAACCUAGACCACCCCCCGGCCCCUUCUAUUGGUGGACUGAAAGAACAAAAAGAAGAAAAAAAAGACUGUUAGUUUUAUAUGGAUGGCCAUUUUGGCAUGUAGUAAUCUCCUCCCUAACUCCCCUCCACCUCCACCUCCACCUCCACCUCACCCUCCCCCAGCCCAGUAGAAACCUGACAGUACAGCAGGAGGCGAGUUGCUACAGUAUAUAAACUGCCCUGAGGACUGCCACCACCCGACCAACACUGCGAUGUCUUCAGCUCUGUGUGUGUUCAAUGUUUUUAGACUGUUAUUAUUCUAUUGUGUACAUGGAUAAAAAAGAAAAGACAAAAACACUGUUGAUGCUUAAAGGGACAGAAGAGCUGCAUGAGAAACUGACCCUGGUCUACAUAAGAACUGGGCGGGGCCACAUCAGUGACAGGUGGUAGCUGCAGGGAGUCGAACCCCAGCACCAUGGAGACAUCACAUGUCCCAGCAUCCAAGUGUGAACAUGUUUGACAGAAACAUCGCCCCCUAGGGGCAUGACAGCUCUAACACGUAACUGAUAUCAUGUUUUCCGAAAGUCAAAUCCAACAUCACAGAGGUGAUGGAGGUAAACAUUGCCUGUGGGACCACUUUGCCAGCCUCUUAUUGGACCACACAGCUGUCAAUCAUGCUCAGUAACCAAUCACGUUCAUACUCUCACUUUAUUUCCAUCAACUAUGGUUGAGACCAGUGUUUAGUGUGAAGGUCAAGUGAGAGUUGAUUUCAGCUUGGCUGUCAAACAGAUUAGCAGCAGUUACAGUGACUAAAACAGUGGCCCACCACCAUCCAGUUCUUAUGUACGCUCAGUGGCCACACACAGCAAAGUUCUUAAAGACAACGGUUGAUUGACAUCUCAGAUUAAAAACAACAACAACAGUACAGUAAGGUCCUCUUGUCUGUGUCAGUUCUGACUGUGUGUCAGCAUCUCAUAGAAUAAAAAACCUCAACUGUCCCUUUAAGGUCAAUGUUCCUCUUCUGUUCUGUUUGUUCCUCUUCUCUUUUUCUUUCUUGGUUUUGUUUUAUGAAAACCUGUUCUCUCUGUCACUGCAGUCUGAUGAUAUGCUGUAAUUAAACCAUAAUAAUAAUAAUAAUGAUAAAAAUUAAUGAUGAUAAUGUUUUGUUUGGUCUAAGUUUUCACAUGUCCGCUAGCAAAUUGUCAAGAAAAAAAAAACAAUAGUACAAUAAAGACUAAAAUCUAACAACUAAA